AUGGCGUGGAGAUCAAGUGGUAGCAGCAAUGAGAAUCUCAUUGACAAUCUUCAUACAAAUGGAAUUAUAAAGAAUUUAAGAGUUGUUGAAACUAUGAAAAGUGUAGACAGAGCACAUUUCUGUAAACAGAAUAGUUAUACUGAUGCUCCUCAAGGAAUAGGUUAUUCUGUUACAAUUAGUGCACCUCAUAUGCAUGCCCAUGCUCUAGAGUUAUUAAGUGAACAUUUAAAAGAAGGAAAUAAAGCAUUAGAUGUUGGUUCUGGAAGUGGUUAUCUCACCGCCUGUAUGGCUUUAAUGGUUGGUGCUAAGGGUAAAGCAGUAGGUAUUGAUCAUAUAGAUGAGUUAGUGGAAGGAUCUCUAACUAAUGUUCAGAAAGAUCCUAAACUUGGUAAAUUAUUAGAUAGAGGACAGUUAAUGUUUGUUGUAGGUGAUGGUAGACAGGGAUUUGAACCCGAAGCACCUUAUGAUGCCAUUCAUGUUGGUGCUGCGGCCCCUACCUUACCUGAAAAGCUAGUUGAACAGUUAAAACCUGGUGGUAGAUUAAUUAUACCAGUAGGAAAUCAGGGUGAAAAUCAAAAACUAUUACAAGUAGACAAACUAGCGAGUGGAGAAGUGGUGAAGAAAAAUCUAAUGGGUGUAAUAUACGUGCCUCUUACGAGUAAAGAUAAACAAGUUCCAAGGUGGAGAUAA